CUGUCUCACUCUACAGUCUUUCUCACUCUAUAAUUGUUUUGGAAGUUAAUCUUAAACUUUGCCAAACAGUCCCUUUUCUUCCUCAACCUCUCUCGUUUGUCUCUUUCUUUGUCUCUUCUCUCUGCUAUUAAAUCUCCAUUGUUGUAUCCUCAAGACGAUCGGAGGAGUGUGAUGUGAGUGUACUUUCACUUAAAAGUAUAUUGUCAAAGAUUCAAGAGUAGUUGUGUGGCUUGUGGGUGGGUAAUAAGAGAUGGAUCACAAAGCAUGGCCUUGGAAGAAGAAAUCAAUGGAGAAAACAGUUGUUGAAAGCAAUGGCAUCUACUCCAAUGGAGAGAUUGAGAAGCUUGUUGCUGACAAGAUAGAGCUUGAGAAUCGCCUUAAAAGUCUAAAUGAUAAGCUUACCUCUGUUGAAGCUGAGAACAAUAAGCAUAAGACUGAGACACAAGAAGCAAUCGCUGGCUGGGAGAAGACAAAAGCUGAAGCAGUAUCUCUCAAGAAGAAGCUAGAAGAAGCUCUGAACGAGAAACACAGGAGCGACGAGAGGACUAGCCACACGGACGCUGGUCUAAAAGAAUGUAUGCAGCAGCUUCGCUUUGUCCGAGACGAGCAGGAGCGAAGGAUGCAUGAUGCUUUGACAAAAGCAUCGCAUGAACACGAACGAAGACUAAUGGUUAUCAAGACGGAACUGGCGGAUACUAGCAAGAAGCUCGCAGAAGCAGAAGGGGAGAAGACUCAGCUCUCAAAGGCUUUGUUAGCAAAGAGCAAAACCGUUGAGGAUCUAAACAGAGAGAGAGAACGCAUCCAGGCUGAUGUCAGUGGUCUGGUGAGUAGUUUAGAGUCAAAGGAGAAAGAAAACGUUUCUCUGAGAUAUGAAGUCAGAGUGGUGGAGAAAGAGCUCGAGCUUCGGAACGAAGAGAGAGAGUUUAGUCGUCGAACUGCUGAAGCGUCACAUAAACUUCACUUGGAGAAUGUGAAGAAAGUUGCAAAGCUGGAACAAGAGUGUCAGAGGUUGCGUGUGCUCGUCAGGAAACGGUUACCGGGACCUGCCGCUCUGUCCAAGAUGAGGAGUGAGGUAGAGAUGUUGGGAAGGGGAAGAGUCAACGGAAGCUCUAACAGCACCAUGAUGAUCAAUAAUAACUUAACUGAGCAGUUGUUCUUACUGGAAGAAGAGAACAAGACUCUGAGGGAUGCUUUGAACAAGAAAGUCAACGAGCUUCAGUUCUCAAGAAGUAUGUAUUCUCGGACAGCUUCUAGGCUACUAGAGUUCGAGGAAUCUUCUAAAGGAACAACGAACGUUGAGCCGAGCAGGAGCAGCAAUGUCUCCCAUGAAGUGUUCUCAGAGUUUGAGAAUGAUGAUAAAGUUAGCUGUUCUGAUUCUUGGGCUUCAGAGGUGGAGAAUGUCAAGAAGAACAAGAAGCAAAGGGGUUUGAGUUUGGUUAGAACACCUAAAGCUUCGGAGAUGAAACUGAUGGAUGACUUUUCUGAAAUGGAGAAACUUGCAAGCACACUACCUCCUGGAAGCUCUCCUAUCUUCUCUUCUGAUUCAGUUUCAGCUACUGGAGGUCCGGUAGAGAACGAAUCUAAUGAAGACAUCAAGUCAAAUUCAACGAGCAAGCUACAUCCAUCUCUUCAUACCGUCUUGAAAGCCAUCGUGGAGCAUAAGAGCGUUACGCAGAGGAGCACUGAUGAAGUACUUGAAGAGAUCAAAGAAGCUCUGUCAGGUGUGAAACAGACCGAGACUCUCGCUGUGGAGGGUGGUGCACCAGAGACAGAGUGUGAGAUCAGCAAGUCAGUUCGCAGAAUUGUUGAAGUUAUCGAAGGAGUCAGCUUAAAAGAUGAGAGGCAUGUCUCAGGCUACACAGCUCGUGUCUUGCAAUGGAAGACUACAGAGCUGAGUAGCGUAUUGCAGAGAUUUCUUCAGAGUUGUUAUGAUCUGAUAGAGAGAAAAGCAGACAUGAAGAAGUUUGCAGAAGAGUUGAGCUGUGUGGUGGAAUGGAUGGUGAACCAUUGUUUCUCUCUACAAGAUGUUUCAAGCAUGAGAGAAGAGAUGAAGAAGCAGUUUGAAUGGGAUGAGUCCCGGAGUGGAAGUGAAGUUGAUAUUGGACUACUUGGUCAGAUCUCUGAAGACAAUCACAAGAUGGUUGAAGAAGAGGCAAAGGAGGACAAGACAGCAAGUGCUUCAGAGAACGAGCCCAAGCUGGAGGAAAAACAAAACAUGCGAACUGAACUGGAGAUCACUGCUGCUUCUGAGAAGUUAGCAGAGUGUCAAGAGACGAUUCUGAACCUGGGGAAGCAGCUCAAAGCACUGACUAACUCAAAAGAAACAGACAACCUGACACAAAUGGAGACAAAACCAGAGAAGAGACUGACCACUCAAAGAUCAUCUCUUCUGGAUCAGAUGAAGGCAGAGGAUGAGGACAAUGGAGAAGAAUCCAAGAAGGAGGAGAAGAAACCUCAAGCAGCAGAUAAAAUGGGAAAGGGAGGCAGUUCUUCUGUUUACAGUGAAACCAUCGAGGCGUUGGAACAUAUUCUUCUCUCUGACAAGAAAAGCAAAGGCUCUGAAUCGAACUGCUUCGCGGUUGUUCCUCAGAAAAAGAGCAGCGGAGGAGGUAAGAGCCUGUGGAGAAAGCUGUUGGGGAGGAAAAAGAGAAGUAAGACCAUCAAGCUUCCUAAUCCAUUUGCCACCUAAGAAGAUGGGUGUCACCUGUAACACGAUUAUAUGUCACCUUAAUCCAUUUGAUCAUAUGUUUCUUUUUAUGUUCCUCGUACUAUGAAAACUAAACUGUCAUUUUCGUAGAUUUUUUUGGCAGCUUAUCUAUACUAUUAUUUGCGAA